UAGGCCCGUGUCGGUGUCACAACCAGCUGGAAUGAGGCGUGCACUCACUCGUCGAAAGAAGGGCCACAUUUCCUUGAUUGUGAAAGUUAUGCUGUAGCAAGCUCCACCUCUAUGGGAAGCAAUUAUAAACUAUGGGUAAUUUGAUUGGUCCUAGCGCUAGUCACUCUUCGCUGCUUACACAUAAUACCGGUGGAUACGGAGGACGGCUCAACUAAGAAAAAUGAUAAGGUCAUUCGAAUUACUGUAGCGAGCGAGUUUAUUGCUACAAUGAAACUGAAAAACUUGUACUGGCGAUAGGAAUGAACGGAUGAUUUAUAUAGAGGCAAAGUCGAACCAAGGAGGCAGGCAAAUUUGAUAUAAAUACGCCGGAGGGGGGGGCAAUGCGCUGUUAUCGGAGACCCCUGUGUCUGUCAAUGUGCAAGUAGACGCCAGAGCGGUGGAAGGUUUUGCUAAAGCAAUCAAGGUGGAAUUGUACAAAACAAGUUCCACGUCCGGUGUAAUACGCACAUUGCUGUGUUUGUGGGGGACGUGAAACAAGGAUGAUGCGCCUGGCUUGCUGCACCGUCCUCCUCUUCCUGCUCCGUCUCUUGGUGGGCCUGCCCUGGUUCCAGGUUCUCCCCUCCAUCCUCAUCUUCUACCUGGGCUCUGGAGGCUGGAAGUUCCUACUCAUUUUCGCCAAAACCAUCAGCAGAGAUUUGCAUGCGGCAGGCGUCCUCCUCAAGGUGAAGUCAAACGUCAAUCGUCACCUGAAGGAACGAAACACCCUCCCUAAGAUCUUCGCCGAGACGGUGCGUCGCCAUGGGGACAAGACUGCGCUCAUUUUCGAGGGCACGGGCGAGAAGUGGUCCUUCCGGCAGCUGGACGAGUACUCCAACCGCGUAGCCAACCUGCUGCUCCAGAGGGGCUUCGUGGAAGGGGAUGUGGUGGCUCUCUUCAUGGAGAACCGGUCCCAGUACGUGGGCCUCUGGCUGGGCAUGGCCAAGAUAGGAGUGGAGGCUGCUCUGAUCAACUUUAACCUGCGGCUGGAGGCCCUGGUGCACUGCGUCACCAUCUCAAACGCUAAGGCCGUGGUGUUCGGCAGCGAGCUGACCGAGGCGGUGUGUGAGGUCCACAGUUCCAUGGGGAAGACAGUACAGAUGCUGUGUUCAGGGGACUGGGACCCCAAACGUGUCCCUGCAGGGACAGAGUGCCUGGAGCCUCUACUGGAUGCCGCCCCGACCCACCUGCCCAUCCGCCCAGAUCGCUGCUUCACUGAUCGUCUGUUCUAUAUCUACACAUCUGGGACCACCGGGAUGCCCAAAGCUGCCAUCGUGGUGCACAGCAGGUACUACCGCAUGGCAGCCUUGGUAUACUACGGCUUCGGUAUGACGUCUGAUGAUGUGUUGUACGAUUGCCUUCCCCUCUACCACUCCGCAGGAAACAUUGUCGGCGUGGGGCAGUGCCUGAUCCACGGCAUGACGGUGGUCAUCAAGAAGAAGUUCUCUGCCUCACGGUUCUGGGAUGACUGUGCCAAGUACAACUGCACGAUUGUCCAGUACAUCGGGGAGAUCUGCCGGUAUCUGUUGAACCAGCCGGUAAAGGACAUAGAGGGUAAACACAAGGUCCGUAUGGCGCUCGGUAACGGCCUGCGCCAGUCCAUCUGGGAGGAGUUCACCUCUCGCUUCAACGUGCCACAGAUAGCAGAGUUCUACGGAGCCACAGAGUGCAACUGUAGCCUGGGAAACUUCGACAACAUGACAGGAGCAUGUGGCUUCAACAGCCAGAUCCUCCCCUUCAUCUACCCCAUCAGACUGGUGAAGGUAGAUGAGGAGACCAUGGAGCUAAUCAGAGGCCCCAAUGGCGUCUGCAUCCCCUGUGGGCCUGGUGAGCCCGGCCAGUUGGUAGGCAGGAUCAAUCAGAAAGACCCCCUGAGAAGGUUUGACGGCUACGUGAACGAAGGAGCCAACAGCAAGAAGACUGCUAACAGUGUCUUCAGGAAGGGAGACACUGCCUAUCUCUCAGGCGAUGUCCUAGUCAUGGACCAGUAUGGUUACAUGUACUUUAAGGAUCGUACAGGGGACACGUUCCGUUGGAAGGGAGAGAACGUGUCGACCACAGAGGUGGAGGGAACCCUGAGCCGUCUGCUGGACAUGAAGGACGUGGUAGUCUACGGAGUGGAGGUGCCAGGCGCUGAGGGGAAGGCUGGGAUGGCCGCCGUAGCAGAUCCAGAGAGAUCUACAGACCUGGAGAAGUUUGGGAAGGAUCUGGAGAAAGCUCUGCCAGCCUACGCACGACCUGUCUUCGUACGCUUCCUCAAAGAGGUCAACAAGACAGGCACCUAUAAGUUCCAGAAGACAGACAUGCGACGGGACGGUUUUGACCCCAGCAUGGUAUCAGACAAACUGUACUUCCUGGACCCCACCAGGGGGCGCUAUGUGGAGCUGCAUCAGGAGCUCUACAGCAGCAUCAUCUCAGGGAAGCAGAAACUGUAACUGUGAGAUCUGAUCACUCUUGCCCCCCCCCCCCAAAAAAAUAUCACCCCAUCCACCCCCACACACACACACCCUAUUCCUGAAGUCACUCUCCCUCCCCCAGAAAAACUCUUAACUCUUACAACCCACCUCUCUGCUCUCUCCAAGCCCACACCCCUCGUUACCUCAGUGAGGGGCAUCUGGCUCAUCCAGGUCACAUGACAAGCCAAUCUGACACCAUAUCCCACGAUAGACCUAGAGUGACCUUUGACCUCUAAAGGCACCUCCCCCCGGAGCUUGACCUUGACCUGACCUGUAGCUAUAGGAACGCUCGCUGGAAGGACAUAGCUCGCUGGCUGAGAGGGGCGUGUGGCAUGUCCAGAAUGCAAAAACAUAGUAACUUACUCCAAAUGUAAGAGUCCUAGCUAGAGGAACUUGACACAAUGAAAGAACUUCAAUUGAAUGAAGGAAACAGUCCUGUCGGUUUGUCCGUCUCAUGUUGAGGUCACUCCCUCAUAGGCCCAACCUGCACACUGCCCAAUCAGUGACCAGUGGCUUCUGUUGUGACACAAAAUGGCAGAUUUGGUUUUAGUGGUGUUGACUCUGCCCAUCCAUGUUAGACAUACAGCUAACCUGAAACUGAUGGAUUUAAGUGCAAUAGGGCUCCAGCAGUGGCAGUGCAAUGUACAGCUGUGAAGAAGCUCUCUAAUAUAUUUAAAUGUCUGCAUUAUACCAAAUAUAUUUAAUUUGUAGAAUAGUCUUUACACAUUUUAAAACAAAAGGAUGAUUGUAUGUUCAAGUUCCUGAUAAUAUGCCAAUUCAAAUUCUAAUCCAUGUUUUUCUAUAUCCACAAUUGUGCUCGGCUUUCUCCUGACCCCACCCACUAGGGGUGCUCCUCCUAGUCUUCAACUAUAGAAUCUACAGACCAACUCCCAGCUGCUGGAGCACCAAUGACUCUUACAGUUUCAAACCUGCUUCUGAAUGUUCUGAUUCUGGGUAGAAGAUUCAGAUUCUGAAUGUUCUGAUUCUGGGUAAAUUUGUUUAUUUUUUGUCUGUGUCAACAUUGUGCAGGUUGGGCCCAAUGGAUUGGCUUCGUCUUGUAUGGCAUAGUAGACAUUUGAAAGCUUGCCGAAGAGCGCGCUGAAGGGAAAAGCACUAACCUCCUCUGUCUCUGUUGAGGAUAAUACUGUGGUGCUACAGACAGAAGGAGACUCUGACUCUGGUGCAGCAAGCCGAACGAUCUAAACCAGGCCUCUCCAACCUUGUUCCUGGAGAGUUACCGUCUUGUAGGUUUUCACUCCAACCAUAAUCUAGCGCACCUGAUUCUAAUAAUUGAUAACCUGAAUCAGGUCAGUUAAAACUGGGGUUGGAACGAAAACCUACAGGAGGGUAGCUCUCCAGGAACAGGGUUGGAGAGACCUGAUCUAAAGAUGGUCCUUGCUCGAAGGGGGCAGAGGAGAGGAAGAGAGAGAAAAUAUGCUUAUUUUCGUUAUUGUUGUUUGUUCUACUUUCUUGUUUCAUCUUGUCAGCAGCAUGAAUGAUCAACACAGAGUACUUUGCCUUUACUGUGAGUUUACCAUCUCAGAUUCACAGACCCUGUCCCCAUCACCCCCUACCCUAACCCUUCACCCCCUACUAUCCCAUAGCACCCUAUGCUAACCCAUCACCCCCUACCCUAACCCUUCACCCCCUACUAUCCCAUAGCACCCUAUGCUAACCCAUCACCCCCUACCCUAACCCUUCACCCCCUACUAUCCCAUAGCACCCUGCUCUAACCCAUCACCCCCUACCCUAACCCUUCACCCCCUACUAUCCCAUAGCACCCUAUGCUAACCCAUCACCCCCUACCCUAACCCUUCACCCCCUACUAUCCCAUAGCACCCUAUGCUAACCCAUCACCCCCUACCCUAACCCUUCACCCCCUACUAUCCCAUAGCACCCUAUGCUAACCCAUCACCCCCUACCCUAACCAUUCACCCCCUACUAUCCCAUAGCACCCUGCUCUAACCCAUCACCCCCUACCCUAACCCUUCACUCCCUACUGUCCCAUAGCACCCUACGCUAACACAUCACCCCCUACCCUAACCCUUCACUCCCUACUGUCCCAUAACACCCUACUCCCUCACUCUCCUAUCGCUCCAUUGUCUGUCCUCUGUCCCUAUCAUCAGGUAUUAACCCACAUUUCCCCAUUCACUUUUAUUCAGCACCCCAAUUCUGUUGUACCCUAACCCAUGAUCACUCCUGUUAGGCAUGUCUCCCAACCUCUCACCCAACCUCUCAUCCAGUCUCCCAACCUCUCACCCAACCUCUCACCCAGUCUCCCAACCUCUCACCCAUCCUCUCAUCCAGUCUCUCACCCAGUCCCUCAACUUCUCACCCAACCUCUCAUCCAGUCUCUCACCCAGUCCUUCAACCUCUCACCCAACCUCUCAUCCAGUCUUUCACCCAGUCUCCCAACCUCUCACCCAACCUCUCAUCCAGUCUCCCAACCUCUCAUCCAGUCUCCCAACCUCUCACCCAGUCUCCCAACCUCUCACCCAACCUCUCACCCAGUCUCCCAACCUCUCACCCAGUCUCCCAACCUCUCACCCAACCUCUCACCCAGUCUUUCACCCAGUCUCCCAACCUCUCACCCAACCUCUCAUCCAGUCUCCCAACCUCUCACCCAACCUCUCACCCAGUCUCCCAACCUCUCAUCCAGUCUCCCAACCUCUCAUCCAGUCUCCCAACCUCUCACCCAGUCUCCCAACCUCUCACCCAACCUCUCACCCAGUCUCCCAACCUCUCACCCAACCUCUCACCCAGUCUCCCAACCUCUCACCCAACCUCUCAUCCAGUCUCCCAACCUCUCACCCAACCUCUCAUCCAGUCUCUCACCCAGUCCCUCAACUUCUCACCCAACCUCUCUUCCAGUCUCUCACCCAGUCCUUCAACCUCUCACCCAACCUCUCAUCCAGUCUCUCACCCAGUCCCUCAACCUCUCACCCAGUCUCCCAACCUCUCAUCCAGUCUCUCACCCAGUCCCUCAACCUCUCACCCAGUCUCCCAACCUCUCAUCCAGUCUCUCACCCUUCCCAGGCACCUCUGUUUGAUCCUUGCUUCUCUUGUUAUGGCUAGACAUUCCUCUCGGUCUGUCAUGCUGUUAUUCCCUCAGCUCCGAGGACAUGGCGUGUGACUCCUCCCAAGCUCUCGUACCGUCGGCAGUACUCUACGUGAUGUGUCACCAUGUCCUCUCAAAACAAACAAAUUAUGAGCCGGUUUCGUCAGCCAAAUUAUCCUGUCUGUGUGAAAUCGAUGGUGGAGACCGAGGCACAAUGAUUCUCCUCGUCUUCUGUCUGGUGUGUCUCUUGUCGUGUUACACGUGCACACCUCGCUGAUGAGGAAGAGGAAGUGACGACAUAGUUCUCCAUCUCCACCCAUCAGUAUCAGUGUAUUUAUUACUAGUGAUGAUCGUUUCAUUUGUCAAAUGUUUGAGGAAGAAUUUUUUUUAAUUAAGCGGGGGGAAAAUGUUGUAAAGAAGAGUAUAUACAUUUUGGGGUUAUAUGAGAAUGCUGCUUUGACACUUGUGAUCCUGGGGUGUCAAAUGGUAGUAUGACCACAAGGUGGCACCUGUCUGGGCAGCCCCAGAGGAGUCCAAAUGGGCAUUAGGCAAUAUUCUGAAGUGGCUUCCUUUCCUUGUCUCCUUUCCUCCAUCUGCACUGAUCCAAGGAGUGGAGAGGUGAAAAAUUGCCAUAUUGUUUACACCUUGUGUUGAAGCAGAGGAGACAGGGAGAGGAAUCUGUUUUAGACUAUUGAGAUUCACCUCGUCUGCCCCAGAUGUUUCCAUUCCCACUUUUUUGUAAUUUUAAAUUAUUAUUUUAUAAAGUAUUAUUCAUUCUUUAUUUGAUUGUGCAUUGACUGUGUCGUGGCUAUGCAUUGCAUUUGUUAGUUAUUUUAUGUGUGUGAAAUCAAAGCUUUGAUGUCUCAGGAUUCUGGAAGUGAGUGAAGGGUUUCCGUGAGUUUAUACGUCUACCUGUUUGACUGUAACCAGAACCCAAACCUAUGACGGCACCAGCCCACUAUCUUAUCACACUGAAUAGAGACAGACUGUUGUCUGUCACAGGCUCUCUGAGGUUAUGUGUCUUUGGGCCGGUUUCCCGGACACAGAUUAAGCCUAGUCCUGGAAUGAAACAUGUCUCCAUUGAACAUGCUUUUUAAGGAAACCAAGCCCCUAUGUCUGUCAAACCAAUGGGAGCUAGUGUGAGAGAGUGACAGGGUGUUGGUCACAUCUUUAACCAGAGGGAGGCUGUGUUUCCCAGAAAAGCCUCAUUGCUGCUGCCUACUGCUACCCAUAGAGAUAGAUAAAGGACUCAUCCUUGUAUCUGUGCCAUGUAUAAUGCCUGUGGCAGCAUGGAGUGGUCUCCAUUAGGAAGUAGUCCAUUGUCUUAUUCACGAUUGGCCGAUCCCUCCUGGUGACCCGGUUGGACAUGACUCCAACAGGGUCACCAGGAUGGAUCAGUCAAUGAAGUUGGAAGUCCCACCCAGUUGACUACGUUCAAAUGGUGGAAGCCCUCAAUGGCGCUGCCCAUGCUAACACGGCCUUUUGGCUACUAGAGGCCUCUAUCAUUCUCUAGUACAGUGGUCACCAACCUUUUCUGAGUCAAGAUCACUUUCUGAUUCAAAAUGCAAGCUGAGAUUUACUGCUCAUAUGUAUUUUUUAAAUGUAAGCCUAUGCAACGUUAACCAAUUCAAAACUGUUCUGUAGCAAUGAGGUUUGUGCAGUAGGUUAUGGGCCGAAGACAUUAUCACUGUAUAUUGGCUACGCUUGACUUGCCCUGCCAAUGUUGUUCUUCUCAGACCAUUUUGAAAUUAUAUAUUUUUUAAAUGUGGUACAUGAUCACACUGGUAAUUGUUGUAUUCAUUGUGAGGCACAGCUGAGUGAGCAUAAUCAUUUUUUAUUUUUUUUACUGGACUCAUGGCCUGCAUCUGAUGGUCAGUCUGAGGUGAGAGGGACACAGUCCAGCUGAAACUCAAGUAACGCUGCAUUAUUUCUGUCUCAUGCACCAAUUCCUGUUGUUACUCCUAUGACCAGAGAAAGUGAAAUAUUCCUUGAUAUUAAAAAAGACAAGCUGCUAAUAAUAACAACGCAAGCUUAUUGAAACACUUUGCUACUCCUUCAUUACAGCUGCAGUGCUGGUUGUAGCAUUAGUGGAAGUAGGGAGUAUGUGUAUUUUAACAAAGUGCAUCUCUCUGGUCAUGGUUUUGAAAUCUCACAGAUGGCUCAGAUCACUGUGCAGUCAUGGUGAUCUCAGCUAUCUGAUUGGCCAGUGGUAGGCAUAUAGGUGCACUUGACUUGCUCUCUGGGCCGGCCGGGUAGGCAGAGUUUUAUCUUCAGACACAUGAAAUGGUUAAAAACACUUGGCCUUCCCGGCGCUAGGGCUGCUGAAUCAAGUGCACCUCCCGCCAACAGCACUAAAUAAAACUAAACAAUAGGAACGCAAGGCUUUAUCGUUGGGUUUUUAACAGAAAUGUUUGGUGAUCGACUAGGAAUGCCUUGGAGAUCGAAUUGUCGGAUCACGAUCGACCGGUUGGUGACCACUGCUCUAGUGCUGCCAUACCAGUGAACCCUCAUUCCAUAAGAGUAACCAUUAUGUCCCUAACUAAGUGUAUUAAAGAAUGUCUGAUGUAUUUAUCAAAUCAAUGCAUUGCUCUUCUAUAGUACUGGGAUUAUGGCUAAUGAAUAAAACAGAUUGAUGAAUGGAAAGAGUAUGUUUAUCCACUGUGUUGUAUUGAAGUGAAGAGUCUCAAAGGGCCAGUAAGUAAUGGUCUAUACCAUGAUUUUUUAUCAUCAUUCACAUCAGUUAUAUGGUAUGCUUGAGCCAAUCGUGAGGCCUGAUGCUAUGAGAAACAGGAAGUAGGAUAUAGCACUAGAAGCCUGCAUUGAAUAUAAUAUUUUUUGUUGUUGUUUUUUGUCCUUGUUCUCAAUGCACUCUAGCCCUUGAUCUGUCAAGAAACCUGCAUCAGCCACAUUAACCUAUCAUGGGGUAGUGCGCAUUGUGUGGGGACCAAAACAUCUUUCUCCUAACUGAUGAUUGAUUGGGCCAUAAUUCUGUAUCUCUGGUCAGAAAGAAUCACUCCAGUUCAGUAAUAAUAAUAACCUGUUCUUCUCACUAACCUGGCCACAUGAUGCACAUUUAAUUUGUCUUGUUUUUCUGUUCUGUUGUGGUACUCAGGGACAAUGAGCAAUGGCAGAGAAGGGAAGGUGUGUGUUACUUUGUUGGACAGGCUGCCAUGCUUAGUAUGUCAUACAGAGUGUGUGUGGAGGAGGUGUGUGAGGUGUAUGUUGUCUGCAACACACUGAUGUAUCUAAAAGACUAGCUGGCUGUAAAUCAUGCAUUUAAAAAAAAACAUUGCCAACGGCAAAUCCAUAUUAAUAAAAAGUAUUUAAAUUG